AUGCCACCACACGAAGGACUCGUUCAUCCCAAGGAGUAUGACAUCAAAGAUAGCAACGUGGAGCUAAUCGGCACCGACCUUGACCACCGCGUCAAAUACAACUCCGCCGUCACCGAGCCAGCCUGGAACAACGGCCAGAUCGGCCAAGAAGCAGGCCUCUUCAUCUGGCGAAUUGAAAACUUCCAAGUCAUCCCCUGGCCGAAAGAAAAGUACGGCCAAUUCUUCGACGGGGACAGCUUUAUCGUUCUGCACUCUUACAAGCUGGGCGAUAAGCUGGGCCACGAUAUUUUCUUCUGGCUGGGCAGCAAAACCACCCAAGAUGAAGCUGGAACAGCAGCAUACAAAACCGUCGAACUAGAUGAGUUCCUGCACGGUGCGGCAACACAGCACCGCGAGGUACAGGCGCAGCCCUCAGACGAGUUCCUUGCGCUGUUCCGCCACUAUGCUAUCCGGUCUGGCGGUGUGAGGUCUGGAUUCACGCAUGUUGAGCCGCAGGAGCGGGAAGAGAUUCUUACGCUGCUGCGUAUCUUUAAACAUCCUGGGAUUGCCCGGAUUGAUUCUCUUAUUGUUCAUGAGGUCGAGCCUACCUGGAAGAGCUUGGAUGAGAAUGAUGUCUUUGUCUUGGAUAAGGGGGAGAAGAUCUGGGUGUGGCAGGGGAAGAAGUGCAGUCCGAUGGAGAAGGCCAAGGCUGCUCAGGUGGUUAAUGAUAUGACUCUUGCGAAGCAUGUGGAUGUCGAAGUACUGUCACAGCUGGAGUCAAGGUCCAGGAUCAUUGUUGAUCUGCUAGGCGGGAAAGAGGAGGCUGGGUCAACCUUGGAAGCGCCUCGACCUGGUCGGUUUGCUAAGAAAGGUGGCGAGGAGCCUACCCGGCCACGCAAGUUGUUCCGGCUCAGCGAUGCUUCUGGGAACCUUUCGUUUGAUCUUGUGAAGGAUGGACAGCGUGUGGACCGGUCUGAUUUCAAUGGCAACGAUGUCUUCCUGUAUGAUGUCGGUAACAGACUUUGGGUCUGGCAGGGGUCUGAAGCAAGUGCCAGCGAGAAGGCGAUGUGGCUCAGGGUUGCUCAAUUCUAUGUUCGGAAGAUCCAAGAGAGCCAAGAGUCUUCCGAUGCCCAUCUUACGCCCAUUUCGAAGGUUGUGCAGGGCUAUGAAAGCCCUUCUUUCUUGAAGGCGAUUGAAGCCUGA